AGUUCACGUUUCGCCAUUGCGGAGGCUUGACUGUGUUGCGGCGCGUUGCGAAUUUCACGUUAUGGCGCUGUCGCGUGCUCUUUGAGGAGAACGUCUCGUUACUUUUAUUUGUAUUUUGCGUUUACUGUAAUGGGAAGUGCUUCGGUUUAAUACUGUCUGUGCGUAAAACCAGAGGAGCGGCCGUCGUAGCACCUUUUUGGAAAUAAAAUUGUCAACAAAAUUUGAGCCCGGCCUCGUGAUGGAGGUGACGCCCGUGCUGAGGGACUCCCGGUCCCUGCGGCCCUUCAAGUCCAGCGAGGAGUACCUGUACGCCAUGAAGGAGGACCUCGCCGAGUGGCUGCAGACGCUCUACCCGGAGCUCUGCAUCAGCGUGCACAACUUCAUGGACCGGCUCGACACGGGCGUCGCACUCUGCAAGCACGCCAACAACGUGCGCACGGCCGCCGAGGAGUACAUGGCCCGGCGGCUGGCGCGCCGCUCGGCCAGCAGCGCCAGCCUGAUGAGCGCGUCGCUGUCCGCCACCGGCUCCAUAGCGCGCCCUGUCAUCGAGGCGGGGCCUGUGCACUUCCUGCCCGCCGCGCAGCCCGGCACCUUCUUCGCGCGCGACAACGUCUCCAACUUCAUCCGCUGGUGCCGGCACGCGCUCGGCGUCUUCGAGUGCCUGCUGUUCGAGACCGACGACCUCAUCCUGCGCAAGAACGAGCGCAACGUCAUCCUCUGCCUGCUCGACGUCGCGCGCCGCGGCGCCAAGUUCGGCAUGGCGGCGCCGAUGCUGGUGCGCUUCGAGCGAGAGAUCGACCGCGAGAUGGCGGCCGAGCAGCGGGCGCUGCAGCGCGCCAGCAGCGUCGCCACCGAGAGCGCCGACAGCGACGACGACGACGACGACUUCGACGCGCCCGUCGGGCCCGUGCCGCAGAUCGUCACCAACGACCUCAAGAGCCUCGACGAAAUGGUGCGGGACUUGGUGGAGCGGUGUUCGUGUCCUGUACAGUUCCCAAUGAUACGCGUGUCUGAGGGAAAGUACCGCAUUGGUGACACCAAGGUGCUAAUCUUCGUCAGGGUGCUGCGCAGCCACGUGAUGGUCCGCGUGGGCGGCGGCUGGGACACGCUGGCCCACUACCUCGACAAGCACGACCCCUGCCGCUGCAAGACUGCUCAUCGCUCACCACUGUCGGCGAAACUGAUCCUCAAGCAGACGGGAGCAAUCGAGUUGAACAAUGCACUGGUCCACUAUGAAAGGUCGCCGCCGCGCACCCGCCGUUCCUCGGCGUCGAGCGUGGGCAGCGGCGGGCCGCCGAGCGCCGCGGCGCCGACGCCGCCCCCGCCGCCCCCGCAGCCGCAGCCGCUGUCGCCGGGCGGCGGGGGCGGCACGGGCCUCCGCUCGCGCUCGCCCACGCCCCGCAGGUCGCUGGCUGCGCCGCGGCCCGCUGCCGGCCGCUCCCGCUCCAGGUCGCCCACCCCCGGCGGCGCCAAGCCGCACGCGCUCGCCCCUGGAGCUGGAGCUGGAACUGGAGGCGGCUCCGGGCCGCAGCGCAGCAGGGACGCCAGCCCCGGCAAGCCGCUGCAGCGCAGGGACAGGGACCCCAGCCCCGCGGUGGCACCGGCGCCCGCCCCCGCCUCGGCCUCCGCCUCCACGGCCGCCGACGCCCACAACGACUCGGGCUCCGAGGUGUCGGACGAGGGCUACCGCAGCCUGGGCACCGUGGCCGCCGCCAGCUCGCCGCCGGCCCAGGGCGUCGAUGACGGCGUCGUCGGGGUGAAGGCGGUCGCCGAAGACUCGGAGGUCGCCACGGACGAGUGCAAGGACGGCGGCGUCGCGCCCGACGCGCAAGCCUCAGAGCGUCAGGAGCUUAGCCGCCACGCGUCCUCGCCAGACUCGGUGGUGUCCACCUCCGAGGAGGCGGCGACCCCGCGGCAGCAGGAGCCGGAGCGGGGGAGCGAGCCCGCUGCCGCCCCCACGCCGCCGCCGCCCCCGCCGCCGCCCCCGCGCCGGCCCGGCAGCGCCUGCAGCAGCGCCAGCAGCGACAGGGACAGCCGCGACCAGCUGCCGGAGGUGACCCUGUCGCCGCGCCGCAUGGCCUCGCUGCAGGCCAAGCCGCAGUCGCAGUACAGGAGGCCCUCCCACCAAGAGUCCCCUCAGCAACAUCCGCAGCAGCAGGUAGCAGCGGCGCCCAUGACGCGCAGCCGGUCGACGUGUGGCGCCGUGGAGUGCGGCUUCAGCGACGCCCCCGCCGAGCUGUUCGCCCCCGCCGCCCCACGCCGUCAGCAGCAGCAGCAGCAGCAGAGUGGCAGCAAGGGCCGCGCGGCGCCCUCCCCCCACCCCUCCUCCUACAACACGUGGUCCGGCCGGCAGGGCCGCGCCGCGCCCAAGUCUCGCCCGCCACUCACCGACAACACCUUCAGCCGGUCGUCGGCGCAGCGGCGCAGCCUGGGCGCCUACGGCGGCGGCCGCCCGCACCACAGCAACAACAACCACCAGCACGCCAGCGCCCCGUGCAGCCCGCGCAGGCAGCCGCCCCACGCCGCCGCCGCCGGGGGCGGCAAGGGCUCCCUGCCCGCCUCCCUGUCCGGCUCCCCCACCAAGAUAUCGCCGCUCAUCGAACAGGUGCUGUCCGUCAAGGAGCUGGACAACGACGUGACGGUGCUGAACAAGAUGCGCCAGAUCAUCCGGCAGUACGCCGACCUGGUGGGCGACGCCGCCGACGCCGACGCGGACGCCGGCGCCGCGCGGCCGCCCUCCGAGGAGCUGGACCUGACGUCGGCGUGGGUGCACGGCAACGGCAGCCUCCCGCGCCGCGCCGCCUCCGUGUGCGGGGGCGACCUGGGGGCGGCCGUGGGGCCCAGCCCGCGCAAGGACUCCAAGGGCAGCCGCAUCCCGGCGCCGCUGCCGCUCCAGCUGCCGCUUCCGCUCGUCUCCUACGGAAGCCGCCAGCUCGACAGCUGACUGCCGACGGACGUGCUGCGCCGCCGCGCCAGCGCCAAAGCCGCUCGCUGAGGGAGGCCGCGCCUGGCCCCGUCCCCCGUGUCCA